AAUUCCACAGUGAAGUUUUGGUGAGAAAGACGGGUGCAAUUGUUCCUGUCUACCUGUAACGUAUUUCGGGGGCACAAUAACCUUAAUUAGUGAUAAAAUCAUAUUUAUUUCGCCCACUGAAUCCAGAUUCAAUUGUGCGUCUCCGUGGUUUAAUGCGUUCGAUUAUGUAGCCUCGUGUUUUUAAAUGUAAACAUCUCAUAGCAUGUAAACAAGUGACAGAAUUUGGUGGUCAUUGAUAAGGAUUGUGAUAUGUGAGUGAUAAGUGAAUUAUUCAUUGUAGGGAAUUUCAAAGGCUUGCCCUAUAGUAAAGAACAGAUUAUGCCAGAGCCAUCAUACUAAGAACGCAGGGCUAUCGGUGUCCUCUUGACUGAGUUCCAGAACAAAAGUGCUAUUGUCGAUGGAUUUUCUUUGUAAAUUCUCCAAAAAUAACAAACAAUGAAGAGAGUCAGAUUAGAAGUAGACCUUCGUUCUUGUAGGUCGAGAUGAGAUUGCUUGUAGACCUAUGUUUCUGCACAACAAGAUAAGAUUGUACGUAGAGUUGUGUUCUGCAUUUUGAGAUGCACCUGUGCGUAGACAUAUGAUCCUGUGCUCCGAUGAUUGUAUUUAUGCCCACCUUCUUAUAAGUUGAAACAAGAUUGCACCUAGACCUAUGUUCUUGCACAGUGAGCCACGCUUUUGAGACAUAAUGCAUUCCAGUCCACAUCAAGUGUGAUAACGCAGAGGCCUCUAUAUGAUGGAAAGGAAAGGUCAUUUUGAAACGAGCUUCGGCAAGUCCCUACUGCCAGUCAGAUGGAGGACGGUGUGAGUCUUCCCAACCAAAAUGCGCGGCGGGGGCGGUGGUGGUGAUUCACAAGGCUCAGCCCGCCGCGCCUCCUCUGGUUCCGGAGAGAAUAACGAAGAAGGAGAGGAAGAGGAACCCAAAACCACCGAUGAGCCGCUGCCUCAAGUCAAGGAGAACCUCCCUCCGGUGACCACCCAUGGCGGCUACGAUGCCAGAGACGCCAUCGUUCUCGACUCCUCUUAUAAUCCUCAGGAGGACGACUUUGGCGAGGAUGAAGACGAUGAUGAUGAGGAGGAGGAGGAAGAAGAAGAGGAAGAGGAUGACGCUUUGGAGGUGGUGGUUGAGACGCUGCUGGGAGACACCUUCCGAGUGAGGGUGUCCCAGUGGGACACUGCAGCCGGGCUGAAGAACCUUCUCUUCCGAACUCAAGGCAUCCCCAUGAGCCACCAGCACCUGCUCUUGGGCCAGACCGAGUUGUUGGACGACGUCUGCCUCAUCAACCAAAAUGUGGUGGAUGGCUCCACCCUCAGGUUGGUGCUGCACAUGAAGGGCGGCCCGAUAAACGCCCGUCGCUUGCCCACCCACCACGACAUCAUACGGGACAUCACGGAGUAUGUUGACAACGAGCUGGAAGGGGAGAAACUGGAGGGGAACGGAGGUCGUACAGUAACGCUUCUCGUCCUGCGAGAUGGCGACAACAUCAACGUGUACAGGGUUGUCGAAAACAAUGAUGGAUCCUUCUCGCCUCUCAACGAAUCCUUUAGCUCUGUGAAGAGUCUUGAGCAAAUGGAGAAAGACACGCUGCAGGCAGCAGAGGACGGAGCAAGGACCAGGGCGCGCAUGAAAGAACUGCAGGCUCGCAUGGACGCUCUCAAGAACAAGAAAAAGGCUAAAAGUGAAAAAGGCAAGCUACCACCUUCUCAACGAUCUAUAAGUCGUGCCUCCAGGGGCACGGUAGACCGACAAGAGGACAAACCCACUGUUCAGGCUGAUGUGUCCCUAUCACCUGUAAAGACAGGUGAACCAGGAUCACGCCCAAUUAGUACUAGUAACCGCCGCAUCCCCAACAGUGCAAACGGCAGGCGCGCUUCCAUCAUCUCCCACCGUGGUGGGAGGAGCUCUAGACCGACGACGCAGGAACGUCGCAACAGCUUAUCGAAAUCUUCGACAAUACUAAAAGGUCUGCCCAUGGCUUACCCUCCCGUGCCCGUAGAUUUUAGCGGGAGGAGGCCUCUGGACAGCAUACCAGCGCGCACGGAGAGGAGUCGCCUUUCUGCAGUAGACGAGGAGUUCCGCAAACGGCGGGACACAGCCCAGUCGCCAGACUCGCUCAGCAGAAGCGUCAACACCAAGAAAAAUUAUGAGACGUACCGCAAGUCCCUCAUCCAUCAUGGUUUCGCAGACAGAGGUUCGAGGAAUGGUACUAAAGACUCGAGGGAGGCGUGGCCGAGACGAGAGGCCUCCAUGCCUCUGUAUAUGCCCACCUAUGGUUCCAGGGCGAGGCGUUACGAGGGAAUGAGACUGAACCGCUCGCACAACCAAGAUCUCUUGCGAGUGGCCCGUGUCAGCACUGCCGUCCGCCCUAAAACAUCCCCCGAAGUGCUCGAACACCGACCCAGUACCUCCACCGGACAAGGGAAUUUAAGCGAACGCUUGCAGUUACGUGCUCCCGAUGAACAGUUACGUGAAAUUUGCACAAUUCUUAGUAAUUCGCGAGGAAAUUCCCGCCAGUCGAUGCGUUCGAAUGACUCCCCCCCACCCACAGCCCGUCCACCCAGCCACUCAACCAGCUUCUCUGGGUCCAAUGGUCUCAAGAGCACCACCAAGAACAGUUCCGUAUCCGUGUCUUUAUCCUCCUUACGAGGGCACGGGGGAACGCCCCCUUCGCCCGCCAACGGCGCUCUGGUUGCUUCGGGCUCGAAGGAGCAACGCGAAAUCCUCCGCGAGAUUAUGAGAAACCAGACGGGAUCCUCGAGGCGCACCACUCCAGACAGCCACAGGAGCCAAGUCAAGAGACCGGGCAGCGGGCGGCUACACGCCACGCCGCCCUACCUGCCGCCCGUGACGCCUCCUCGCAGGGGGCGCAAGCAGAAACCGAAGUGUGCUUAUUGCUCAAAGCGUAUAAAGUUAGUCAAUACUCAUGUCUGCAGGUGCGAUCGUAUUUUCUGUACGCAGCAUCGGCUUCCGGAAACACACGAAUGCACUUACGAUUUCAAAACGGAGGGGCGAAAACUGAUAGAGAUGGCUAACCCUUUGGUGGCAUCACACAGGCUGCCUAAAAUAUAGUGAAUUAGACGUGUUUUUGUAGAAUACAAAAUAUAAUUGUGAUAAUGCCUCGAUCAAAGUUAGAAAUCCCUCUAAAAUCCCAAAAUGCAUUUGGUAUCAAGUGUUACUCGCAAUUAUACAAUCAGCGCUCUUUUAUUCAAACAUAUUGGCAUCUUUACUUUGAAGAAAUUAAUAAUCAUGAUUAUAAUGCCAUUUGGUGCUUUUUACCUAAAGAGAAACACUAUAAUCGUCUGUGAAAUCCAGUUAUAUUUGUUUAUAAGUAAUAAACUCUUAACACGUGAUAAAGGUUAGCCAUCUUAAUAUUGUGAUUUUCAAUUGUGGUUGUGUUCUUAGAAAACCUAAGUGCCUCCAUGUAUAAUAGAUUACUAUGUAAGGAGAUACGCUUCUCGCGCAAGACUUUAGGAUUAGGUAUCUACGUCAUUGUACUUUGGACUACUGUAGAUAUUGUUUAUUAUAUAUAAAAAGUCAUCACAUAUAUGUAUAUUCUUGAGAGAAUAUUUGUACAGCUACCUAAAUAUAUAUAUAUAUACAUAGGCCUAUGAUCCUACGGCGUAUAGGCAGUUUAGUUGCCGUAUGUUUGGCAACAUCUUGUGUAACAAUAAAAAAGAAAUCGACUUCAUACGCUGAUUUUCAGAAAUCUCUUUUAAUCUUUGUACGAAAUUAAAACCACUUGGUAAUGAGAAACUAAAGAGUCGGGAUUUAGUUAAAAAGUGUUAUAUUAAUUUUCGUAGCUAAUCAUUCAGCUAUGUACAUUGUAGAACUACGUGGAGAAUCUUUAGACCUAAUUGUAUGAAAAGGACCACUCGCUGCCUUAAUGCUGUAUUAUAGUAAACGUUCGAAUCCAUGUUAUUGAUUGAAAAUAAUUUCCAAAGUUGGGGUGCGGGGUGGGGGUGGGGGAAGCGUGUUUGGCAUUUACAUUGGGAAUAUAUGGAUACAAUCUAUUUGAAGAGUUGUUGUUUUCGUUGUAUAUCUUUAAUGACUUAUUGUUAUUUUCAGAAUUGAACACUGAUAUCUUUCCUUGGUAUUGUAACGAAAAUUAAAACUAUCAUUAAUACUAAUUUAUUUAUUAACAUAUUCAUUUUACAAACAACAAUUAUUAUACUUAUUAUAAAAAGACAUUACACACACACACACACACACACACUUACUUGUUCGUAAUUUGCAGCUUGUACGAAUUCUAUCUAACACGUUAAAUUAUUUCUAACAAUUAAUUUAAACAAUCAAAAAUAAUUUUCAAGUCUGUUGCCUUUUUGAAAAAAUGAUUAAUUUUACAAA